CAUUUCAGGUCUCUCUGCCUUGCUAGGGCCCACCAGAGAGAGCUGUCGCCCAGAACCUACAAUCCUUAUGGGGGACCAACCUUGUACCUCCGGGAGAUCCACGCUCCCACCUGGAAACACGCGGGACACCAAGCCUCCAAAAAAGCGCUGCCUCUUAGCUCCACGCUGGGAUUAUCCGGAAGGGACCCCAAACGGAGGUAGUACCCCUCUCCCCUCUGCACCUCCUCCUGCAGCACCUGGCCUGAAGUCGCACCCUCCUCCUCCAGAGAAGUAGUAGAAUGAAUAUACUUCUCCCACCCUAAACCAGUCUUUGAGAGAUUGCAGUAUGACUCCAUUUCCUUGGUGCAUUCAUAAAAUAGUUUAUCCAGUGAAGACAAUGAAGAUUAUUGGCAAUGCUACCCUACUUUUUCUGUUGUUCUGCACUGGGAAGUUAUGAUUUUUAAGUUAAUGAUUUUGCUGGGGAUACUUUGAAACUGUAAAUAUCCUGUUUCUCAUCAAACUGAAAUCCACUGGUUUGAUAGCCACUGACAAUUCUUGAAUGAAUCAGUUUUUACUGUGAUGACUGCAAAAUGAAAAUGUUCUGCCAAGAAAAGUGAAUGCAUUGAUUUAUUUCUGAACUUAACAGCAGGAUCUAUAAUUAGCAGAAAAGAUAAGCUUUUAUAUCUCCAAAAAUUAUUUUU